AUGGUCAGAGAGUUUCUUCGGUACCUUGCAUGUGUCGGACACGGCUGGGGUGGGGGUUGUGUCUGGAGAAGAAGGAGUGAUGACUCAGGGACCCGAAGCGAGCGCUGCCCGGGACAGCAGCCCCGGCAGGUCCCCGCUCAAGGCCCCAAUGCUGCCCCUAGUGUCCGGGCUGAGGGACAUGUCCACGGCAGGUCAGCAGGGACGCAUCAGGGACCAGGAGACGGGAAGGACCUGCUUCCUCUCAUCACCAACAACAACGUUCUCCUCGCUGAGCUGGACACGUACGAGUGGGCGCUGAAGAGCUGGUCCCAGUGCUCCAAGCCCUGUGGAGGAGGGAUCCAGUACACCAAGUAUGGCUGCAGGAGGAAGAGUGACAGUCGUCUGGUUCACCGUAACUUCUGUGAGACGAGUAAAAAACCCAAACCCAUCCGCAAACGCUGCAACAGCCAGGAGUGCAGCCCUCCCACGUGGGUAGCAGAGUCCUGGGGUCCCUGUAGCAAGUCCUGUGGGAAGUUGGGGUACCAGACCAGAGUGGUGCAGUGCAUGCAGCCGCUGCUCAACAACACCCAGAGGCCCGUCCACAGCAAACACUGCCCCCCAGAGAGACCAGACCCCCGACGGGCCUGCAACCAGAGCCUGUGCCCCGCCCAGUGGAGGACCGGAGCCUGGUCCCAGUGCUCGGUGUCGUGUGGGGAGGGGAUCCAGCAGAGGCAGGUGGUCUGUAAAGGCAGCGACAACACCAUCGGAGAAUGUUCAGAGGACAAACCUGACACUCUGCUGAUCUGUAAACUCAAGGCCUGUCCAGGAGAAUCUGUGUCAAACUCUGAAGCUCUAGAAAACUCCACGGUCAAAGACGACGUCGCUCACACCAAGUUUUUCGAGAAACCGAUUUCAAAAACAUCAUCGAACGAGCCGUGUUUACGAGACAAAUCCAUCUUCUGUCAGAUGGAGGUGCUGGCUCAGUACUGCUCCAUCCCCGGCUACAACAAACUCUGCUGCGAAUCCUGCAACAAACGAGAACACCUCCUCCAGGCCACAACGGACCUCCCAGACCCAGGGACAGACCCGGCCCUGGACCAGACCACAGUUCGAGACUCGGCCAGCACCAGACCGGACCCGUCGGGCAGCCCCAGACCAGCGGGGACUAGAGCCACGCCCACAAUAACAGCCACAACAGUGACAAAUUCCAGUAAAAGUACAUCGCCAACGACGGCUUCUCCCACGUCCAGAGGAGGCCGCCGGGUCAGAGCCACCACCCCAGAGACCAGCACCGAUUCGGGGGCUUUCGCUUUGGUGGGAGCCGCCGCCGUCACCCAGAGUCAUGGAACAAGAAAAACAUGUGAAAAAGACACUUCCAUCUUCUGCAAAAUGGACGUUCUGACGCGAUACUGCUCCAUCCCCGGCUACAACAGACUCUGCUGCCAGUCGUGCGGCAAGAAGGACACCCUGGACCCCUCUGGCACCCCUCCCUCCCCCUCCCCCACCCUCACCCAUUCCCUCCCCCCAACCCUCCCCCCAACCCUCACCCACUCCCUCACCACUCCACAGACCACCACCGUCCCCCACAGACACUUACCCCCCUCGGUCCCGCCCCCAGCUCCCCCCAGAGAGUCGGGACCGGGACCAGAACUACCUCCACGAGCGGAAAUCACAGACUGA